GUCCCGACCCAGAGCUUCUGUGGGGCAGGAUGAUGGGGGGAUUCUGCUCCCAGCUGGCCGUGCUGCUGCUGCUGCUGGUGGUGCCAUCCCCAACGCAGGGUGCAGAGGAGAGUCAAGACCAGCCAGUGUUCAGCCGUAUCAUAGGGGGGCAGGAUGCACAGGAGGGUCGAUGGCCCUGGCAAGUCAGUGUGCAAAAAUAUGAUGACAUAAAAGAUGAAUACCGCCACCACUGUGGAGGAUCCCUCAUCUCAGCCCAGUGGGUGGUGUCAGCUGCUCACUGCUUCGAUCCCUCCGUGUCCUAUUCCCAAUACCGUCUAGUGCUGGGAGCGCACCAGCUCCUCCCUCUCUCCCCAAAACCAGUCCUGUCCAAGGUGCAGAAGAUCAUCCCCCACCCCAGUUACAAUGACAAGAGCUUCGUUGCUGACAUCGCCUUGGUGAGGCUGAAGAAGCCAGUGGAAUCCACGCAGUUCAUCCAGCCCAUCUCACUGCCAGAGGCCUCCCGCCAGUUUCCUGAGAAGAAGACGUGUUGGGUCACUGGCUGGGGAAACGUUGAAGUGACCGAACCUCUCCCACAACCCAAGACCCUGCAGCAGCUGAAGGUUCCCAUCAUCAGUACAGCAGAAUGCAACGAUCGUUACAACACACUGAUUCCACACUCAUCUCUGGGUCCAGAGCCAAUCAAAAGCGACAUGAUCUGCGCCGGGUACAUGAACAGCCCCAAGGGAUUCUGCCAUGGUGAUUCCGGGGGGCCUCUGGCCUGUCAGCAGGACGGCACCUGGUACCUGGCUGGAGUUGUGAGCUGGUUUAUGACCAGAAGCGAGAGAGGAAUAGUCUGUUCUGACCACAGGUUCCCCGGGGUCUUCACCCGGGUGACAGCCUACAACAGCUGGAUCCAGGGGCAUGUGAACGGUGUGGGCCCUUCUGCCGUUGCUUCUCCAGCUGUAAUGAUACUCGCCACCCUCCUCCUCACAGCCCUGUGAGCCACGCACGGACCUGCCCCUGGCACUGCCAGGCUGACCCCCCUCAGGAUGUCCAUAGACCCCCCCCUUGACACCAGGUGUGGGCCCCGCUUUGCUGGGGUUUGUGGGACGCGGCUGGGAAAGGCUGGUGGAUGGAAGCACAGGGGUGCUAUGGGGAGGUGAGGGCAGAGGGUGGAGGGGUUAUAUCCAGCCUUUCCUACAGCUCUGCAGCGCCCCCUGGAGGUGACUGGGAAGCUGACGGGUACGGGCCCUGCAACCACUUUGAUCCCAUGACUUGUGCUCCAAAACUCACCAUUAAAUCAG